CCGUCUCAGCUGUGUGACGUCACUGACAGCGACCGCCGGCUAUUUGCGGUAGUAUCUGGAAGUGGAGGCGCUCCGGGGACAUGGCGUCUUCAAUCUGGAAAGGGCUGGUCGGGGUCGGGCUCUUUGCUUUGGCACACGCGGCUUUUUCAGCGGCUCAGCAUCGUUCUUACAUGAGAUUGACUGAAAAAGAAGAUGAAACGUUACCAAUAGAUAUAGUCCUACAGACCUUACUGGCAUUUGUAGUCGCAUGCUACGGCAUAGUACACAUCGCUGGAGAGUUUAAAGACAUGGACGCCACUUCAGAGCUGAGGAAUAAGACGUUUGAUACUUUAAGGAACCACCCGUCAUUCUAUAUUUUCAAUCACCGGGGACGAAUAAUGUUCCAACCCCCAGAAACAGAAGAGCCCCAUCAAAAUCAGCCAGGCCUCAUAUCCAACGCAUCACUGAAGUUACGAAAACUAGAAGCAAUGCAACGCUGAAUACAGAACCGAUUUUUACAGAUGACUAUAGAACAGAACAUUGUGAUAACAUCAGAGUCUGGGGGUGUAAACUCUUUUUUUUUUUUUUUUUUUUUUUUUCUUUUCUGGAGCAGUAUUUAUAUUGAUCUUCCAGACUUUAUAAAAAUGGAAAAAUAAGGACUUAAUUUGUAUACUUCUGAGGAGGACUGUGUAGUGGUCGAGCAACGCACUGUAACUUAUUGCUGCGAUUAUGCUGUAAAGUUGUCUUUUAUCUUGGAAAUAAUACCCAAUACUGCAGCUCGAAUAAAUUGGCUUGAAUAAAGAGAAAACGGUGAGGUUUGUCCAGAAUAUGUAUGUGGUUUAUACAGAAAAGUCCCUCCAGCCAGAAAAGGGCCUCCAUACUUGUUGCUGCUCUGUAAUAGUCAUUCAUCCGCAUGUAAUCAUUAACCGCCGAGGAGGAGGAGGAGGAGGUCAUACACUGACACCAUCACCAGCCGCCUGCAAGCUGUGGAACUACAACUCUCAGCUUGCUGUGACAACAUGUAGCUAUCAGGGCAUACUGGGAGUUGUAGUUUUCACAAUAGCUGGAGAUCCAUAGUUACAGGUGAAUUAGGUUUAUUUAGAAUCUUUCCUCCCUUCUUUGUGCAGAAAAAGAUCCUUUUAAGAUGAGUUGGUUAAUGGUUUUCCUUCUAUUAAUUUGUGAUUAGACAUUAUUGCAUUAUGCCUGUAUGUUGUUGGCUCUGGACAAUAUGCUGGCGUUCUGUUAUUUUUGCUUUUCUUUAAAACAACAUGAACUUCGAACCAGAUGGACUUAAAUAAAAGAACAGUCACUGAC